AUGGCCUUUCUCGCAUUUGUGUUCGUACUACGGCAGGCCUUGGAAGACACCAGUUCGCAAAAGCAACGGCAGGUCCUCAAAGGAAAAGGCAGGAGAUGGCCACGCCGUUCAGAUUCGGCGGUGUGGCGUUUGUUUCCGGACAGCGCCGCUCGAUGCCGAGAUGCCGAUUAUUGUGUGGCCUGGUGGGCGUCGUUUGGCUCUGGAAAGCCGAGAUCGGGAUUUGAGAUCCGCACUGGACGACCGGCACUUCACCAACGUUUCGAGUGCUUUAACAAGAACAAAUCCGACCACAUGAUUGAGCCCAUCCCUUAUGCUCAGACCGUCGCGAUCUCGAGACGUCCCCCCAAGGAGGUCGUCCAGCAGUCGCCGCCAGCCUGA